UGUGUGUGUGUGUGUGUGUGUGUGUAAGAGAUUAAUUCUGUGUCAGUGGUCUCUGGGUGAAGGGGGGACAACCCCCAAAGUGUCUGCCUGUGGAAAGGGGAGGAACCUUGUGAUUUUGUGUGAGUAAAGAGGACUAGAGACUGUGUGUGUGUGUCUGUGUGUGUGAGAGGAGAGACUGGCUCCUGUGUCUUGAAAAGAGUGAGACUGUAGGGAUAGGGAGGAGUUAGCACUGUUUUAGAGAAGACCCCUGUGUGUAUGUGUGUAUGUGUGUCUAUAUCCCUGUCUUUGGGUGGGAAAAGAAGAGGAGCCCUCUGUCUCUGUGUGAGAGAAGGGGAGGGGGAACCUUGUGAAUGUGUGUUUUUAUGUGCAUGCAUGUGCAUAGUCUGCAUAUGAGUUGCCCUAUGUUUGGAUCAGAGGAGAGGAGCAGUGUGUGUCAGUCAUCUAGCAUUUGUUAAGUACCUACUAUGUGCCAGGCAUUGCACUGAGGGCUGGGAGACUAGGAAAGACAAAAACCUGUCCUUGUUGUCAAGGAGCUCACAAACUAACAGAGACAACACGCAAACAAUUAUGUACAAACACUGUAUUCAGGAGCAAUUAUAGAUAAUCAAUAGAGGGAAGGAACUGUCAUCAAGGAAUCAUGGGAAAGGCAUAUAGAAAAUGGGAUAUAAGAGAGAGAAGAGAUGAGACAUGCAAACCUGUGUAUAUGUGAGGAGAGAGGAGCUCUGUGUGCAAGUAUGUAUGCAAGUGUGUGAGAGGGGAGGAGCCCUGUGUAUGAAUGUGACAGGAGGGUAGAGGAAUACCGUGUAUGCGUGUGUGUCUGAGAAAGAACAAGAGCCAUUGUCCCUGUGUUUGUGUGUGAAAAGAGGAAAGGAAGCUGGAGUCUAUGUGUGAAAAAAGGGGACCUUUGUCUGUGUGUAUGAAAGGAGAGCAGAGAAGCCAUUUAUCCCUGUGAGAGAGAGAGAGAGAGAGAGGUAUACUAUAUGGGUGUAGAUACAUAAAUCUGUGUGUGAGAAGAAAGGAACACUUUGUGUGUAAAAAGAGGAGCUCUGUGUACACACACACUCAUACACACACAUAUAUAUGUUUAAAAAGAGGAGAGGAGCCUUGUGUGUGGAAGUGAAGUGGGAAGCAGAACACUGUAUGGGGUGGGGUAGAGUAGGAGGGAAGGAGAGAAGCACUGUCUUUGUGUGUGGGAGAGGAGCCCUGGGUAUCUUGGUUUGUGUGCAGUGUAUGUGUGUGUGAAGAGAGAACCUCUGUGUCCAUGUGUCUUUAUGUGUGAAAAGAGGAACCCUGUGUAUGUGUGUGUAAGAGAGGAGGGGAAAAAAGCACUAUGUAUAUGUGUGUCUGGCAGGAGAGGAGCUGUGUGUAUGUGUGUAGGGUUGGGGAGAAAGAGGGGCAGACUAGAGCUCUAUAUUCCUGUGUCUGUCUCUCCUUAAAAAAAAAAAAGUGGACCCCUGCUUCUUUAUGCAUGAAACUAUGAAAAGAAGGAGUCCUAUGGCUGUAUGUGGCUGUGUUUGUGGAGAGAAGCUGUGUGAGUGUGUGUGUGUGUGUGUGUGUGUGUGUGUGUGUGAGAGAGAGAGAGAAAGAGAGGAGAGAAGGAGAGAGGUGAGGGGAGAGUGAAAGAGCAAGAAAGAGAUGAACCCUAGGUCUAUGUCCAUGAGAAAGAAGGAGGGCAGAGGAGCCCUGUGUAUGUGUUUGUAGUAGAAGAAAAGAGCCCUGUAUCACUGUGCCCAUGUGUCCAUGCUUCAAGUGUGAGAGGUAGAGAGUGUUUGGUGUUCUGUGUCUGUGUGUGUAACAAGAGAAUCACCCUGUGUCCCUGUCUGUAUGUCUGUCUGCAUUAGGAGGAGCCCUAUUUCUGUGCAUCUCUGUUUCUGUCUAUGAAUGAGAAAGAAGAGAAGCCUCAUAUAUGUGUGUGCAUGCUUCUCCUUGUGUUCACCAGUUAGUAAAGGGCCCCAGGUAUGUAUUUGUGUACUUUUUGACUAUGGUGCCACCUGCAGCUUUACUUAACCAGAUUGUAAACUCCUUGAGGGCAAAAAGUUUGUAUUCUUCAUGAAAGCUUUGAUCUUCUAUAAAACCUAGCACAACGCAAGUGAGUUAAUUGUGGAGUGAAUGAAGCUUACUGUGUAGGAUUUAUUUGUUAUGUGUCUCUAGCUGCCUCUGGAAAGCCCUGAAGUCAUUGAGACUGAGGCUAUUAGCGUCCUCUUGUGACUUAAUCCUUUGUUUACCUACAACAGUCCUAGGAGAGUUUUAAGGGACCUAGCCUGGGACACCAAGGGGUAUAUUCACUGUAGGGGAAUGAGAUAUGAACCCCAGAGUGAAGAUGGUCCCAUCUAAAGGGAAUUUACUUUUCCUUCUAUAGAGUCCUUCUCCAAAAGAAGGUGAAGAUAGAAGAGGCCGAGUGAAGAACAGCACCUCCCUUAGGAGGACACACGUUGGGGCUUUCUUUAGAACCUUUGGGUGGAGUUGGUGACUGCUAUAAUAAUUCCUGACCAUCUUGCCCUAGGAGACAGUGCUUGGAGGAAAUCAGAGCAUCCAGUGAACAACAAAGAAGGAGUGACUAUGGAAGAUCUGGUGAACAUGUUUGAGAAGAAAGCUCUGCCUGAGAAGUAUGACCUUCUCCCCAAACAGAGCACAGAGGUGGAGGAAAUGACCUCUGGGCUCCUGGCAUCCAGAUCCCAGGAAUCACUGAUGUUCAAGGAUGUGUCUGUGAGCUUCACCCAAGAUGAAUGGGGUCAUUUUGAUUCUGCUCAGAAAGGUCUGUAUAGAGAUGUGAUGCUGGAGAACUACAGGAACCUGGCUUCAAUGGCAGGACAUCCAGUUUCCAAGCUAGAUGUGAUUUCUCAGCUGAAGCAUGGAAAAGACCCUUGGACCAAGAAAGAAAUUCCAAAAAGCCACCGCCUAGGUACUUCCCUGGCUAAGCAUCAUUUUGUCUUACCCAGAGUUUUCUGUCUGAUAGUAUGCUGCUUCUCACGAGUUGCCAAACCUCAACUUAUUUGAAGCAUUCUGCUCAUCUCCAGUCCUUCUGAUCUAUCUGGCUUGGAGAAUCUCCUCUAAAAGCGUCAGGACCAUACUGCUUCUGGUAACUUUUGCUGAUGCCUUUGGUUAGGUUGUUUCCAUCCUGCCAUUCAUUAUCACUAUAUAUAAAAGACUCACACUAGGCUAUAUGGGCUCUACUUCCCUUCUCUGAACUGAUUGGGGGGGAGGGAUAGGAAAGAAGGGAGCACUUUGGUGUACUCUCUAGCAAGGGUCUUCAGAUCCCAAGGGAUAUGUGAUCAACUACCUAUCCACCCUUCCUGCAGAAGUCAAUAUUGGGGCUUAACACAACCUACUCUUCAUGCCUUACCUCUGAGCAAUUUUUCAUUCCACACUGUGCAAGCCCCCAACUUUUCCUCUGGUAUGGGGGUAAGCCCAGGGUAGUUAUAACCCAAACCCUGCUUGUUACCUAUAGCAACAUCUGAGCAGAUGUCAUUGGUAAUGAGCCACCUACCCCAACCACCCUAUAUGCCCACUCCCUAUCUCUCCAGAUCAAUUUGUGGCUGUGGCACUAGACUUCUAAUUGGUUUCCCAUCUCAAGUCUUUCCCUACUCUAAUCCAUUCUUCAGACAACCACCAAAGUGAUUUUCUUAGAGCAGAUCUGACCAUAUUCCCCCAAAUUCAAGAAACCUCAGUGGCUCCCUGUUCCUUCUAGGUUCAAAUGUGAACUCCAAUGUUUGUCAUUUAAAGACCUUCACAAUCUGGCCUCAACCUACCUUUCUAGCCUUGUUAUACAUUUCUGUCCCUCAUGCACUGUACAAUCCAACCAAAUUGGCCUUCUUGUUGUUCCUCAUCCUUAUAGAAAACAUCCAAAAUAUUCAAAUAUGAAUAGGGUAUUAAACAUCCAUUAAGUAGAACCAUGAAAAGAAAGAGGAAUGCAUUUAUGGAAGAAAAUUUCUGCUGAGUUGAAUUCAGAAACAAUUCACUUUUGCUUAUUGUUUUUUCAUUGUGUAUGAUGAUUGUCUUCACGCAAAACAUGACUCCGGAAGAGCUAUUAUGUUCACUGUUCUAACCUGUUGUUUAUUGUAAUUUGUAUUAGUGUAUAUGUUUUAUAAUGUGUGUACAG